UCAAGCUAGUUUAAAAUAAAUUUUGUUUAGAAUUUGUCCGACAGUAUUUGAGCAAACUGGCUGUGUUGGGGGGACAUGGGUCUAUCAGGAACAUACAGGGUUGGAUAAUAGGGGAGAGCCUGUACACUCGAGUAUGUACAAGAACUUAAAAACAAACCUACCAAAGGAGCUCAUGAUGUUUCCAGGGAUUCCAUUCAAUCCAUCCAACAAUUCAUUCAUUCAUCAUUCACAGGUUCUCGAGUACUUGGAAGAAAAUGUGGAAAGAUUCGGCCUGGAGAAAUAUAUUAAAUUCGAUACAAAGGUAGUGAGGAUCAAACCGUUGAACAUACAUCAGAAUGGAAAACGAGGUUUGGAGAAAGGAAAUGGAGAACCAGGGGAAGGAAAAGAACAAGCAGAACUUGAAAAUGGGAAUUGGGAAGUGGAGUAUAAAUGUUUGAAAACAGAUAUCUUAUCUAAGGAACUGUUUGAUAAGAUCGUAGUUUGUAACGGGCACUAUGCUAAACCAAUCUAUCCAAAUAUUGAAGGACAGGAGAAGUUUUGUGGUAANGUUGAAUCUUGGUUUGUAGAUUUGAAGUUUUCGUUAGGGAUAGAGAGAUGUAUUGGUAGUUCAGGAUUCUUGUUAACAGAUGGUAGCAGGGUACAGUGUGAUAGUGUUGUACUAGCUACAGGAUAUAAUUUCUCGUUUCCAUUUCUAACCGAAGACUGUAACGUAUUUGUGGAAAAUAACCAGAUGGGAUCCCUGCAAUGGCCGUAUAUUGACGAAUUGGCAAAGAUGGCUGGAAUUGAAACCUUAGACCCUGUUUAUCAAAAUAUUGAUGCACAUGAGGAGAGGUGUGCUGACCUCACCAGCUACAAGAACAAUUCAUACCAGAUCAUCGAUCAAUCACAGUUCAAGAAAAUCAUACCAACCAAGUAA